AUGUCCGACACACUCUCUGAUGCGGAAAAGAUCCGCAACAAGCGGCUUGCAAAGCUUCAAAACCCAGUCGCAUCGGCUGGCCCCUCAUCUGGCGAGUCUCCCGGCUCGCCUCCGACCUCCUCCAACCCUUCCCGAGCACAGUCGCCGUCGCUGCCAACCCAGGAUGGGGCCUCGAAUGACACUUCGGCGUCAGCUACACAGAGCUCGCAGCAGCCAGAAGGAAAGCGGAUUAAGAUCACACCGACUGCUUCAGCCUCGGUUCCUGAGCGACCGCGCUCUACUGGCCCGUCUUCUUCCCAACCCAAUUCACCCGCAAAGCCGUCACCACAAAGCAUCGAGGAUUUCGAGCAUCAGGUUCUGGGAAUUCUGUUCAAUGUCACUCUGAAGGAGGGCACAUUGGAGGCAAAGGAUCGCCGGAUUGUCCUCUCCGGACUGCGGGAUGAGCUGCAAGAUGAAGGCAAGGAAUUGCGUCUGCACACUGGGAUCUUGGACCAAGCGCUCCUGGAAGCCGCGUCCAAAGCGGAGCAGCAACGUCCGCUGGAUUACUUGGUUCCUUGCUGGAGCAGGAUUCAAGACAGGAUGAAGAAACCGGACCCAGACACGAGAAAGUGGGACAUCUAUGGCGAGGCCAAAAGGCUGUGCAUUAGCUACUGCAUUUUCGCGAUCACGAUGCCAGAGAUGUUUGGAAUCGAUUCGUCCGAGGAAACUCCAUUGGCUCGGCAGUUACUGUUGAGCCCUGACGAUAGCUCGAGGAGAGGAAUCACUCCCGAAUUCCUCAAGGAUCUAAGCGGAAAAUUCGAUGAAGAUGACAGUAUCAAGCCAGCUUUGAUUGCUGCGGUUGAAGAACUGAGCGCCAAAUUGUCCUCCAAGGAUGCAAAUGGGGAAUUCCAACCAUAUUUCACGGCCUUGAGAAAUCUCGUCGAUAAUAAAGCUAUUGCCGCGGCUAUUACCGAGUCUUCGAUUUUCAAUGCUUCAGAAGAUCCAGCUCAAUUCGAGAAGACGACUCUGCUAGGACCAUGGUUCCGGCUCUCUCCUCUUCAGCCCAACGUGACAAUGUCUUACUUUUCCAGCCCCAAGACCAGAGACCACGGGUACAUCUCGAACUCGCAGAGCUCUCUCCGCAUGAUGCAAAAUAUGAUUCAGUGGGAACUCGACUACAUUACAGGCAAGAUUCUCCACGCGUCCACAGACGCCAAGAACCGCUUCCUGGAUUGGGUCGCAACCGCCCUGAAUAUCAAUCACAAAAGACGUGCUAUGCAAGUUGAUCCGGAGCAGGUUGCCUCUGAUGGUUUCAUGUUCAAUCUGACCUCGACCCUGGACAAACUUUGCGUUCCUAUCAUGAACAUUGACUUCCGCAAAAUCCACACCUUCCAUGGAGAGUAUUUCCAACGGAAUCCUCGGGUCGACAUAAAAGAGGAAACAAAGAUCAACGCGGAUCAGCAUGCCUCAGAUGCAUUUUAUUCCAAGAAAUUGGAUGGUAACUCUAAUUUCAACAGCGAGCUGUUUUUCCUCACGAUUGCUUCUCACCAAUAUGGCAGUGAAUCCCUGACAUCGAAGCUGGAUCAGCUCGAGAAAGAUCUGAAGCACAUGGAACAAAAUAUCGAGAGGGUUGAAGGUGAGCGGGAGCGAUGGAUGUCAAACCCAGCGCAGUUGCGCCUUUUCGAGCAGGCGCUCAAGAAGUACCGUGAUAAAUUUGAUCUGGGACUAGCAUUGAAGUACAGUCUCCAAGCUGUGCUCCUUGACGAACAAUGGCAGAUCCGCUCAAUAGAGGUUAUUCGGCACAUUGCUGUCUGGCUCUUGAGAGUUGCCUCGGGGGUGAAUUACCCCCAAGAGAAGAUUAAGUUGCCUCUUACGCAGCAGCAACCCGAGGUUUUCCAAAAUCUUCCUGAGUAUUUCCUGGAUGUCAUCAUCAGCAAUUUCAAGUUCGUCAGCUGGGCUAUGCCGCACACUAUCACAGCUACCCUGGGCGAUGAGCUGGUAAUGCUGUGUAUCACAUUCCUUGAGAGCUCAAGCUACGUCAAAAAUCCAUACCUCAAGGCUGGCCUUGUUUCCAUGCUCUAUCGGGGCACGCUAGACCGCCCUGGAGGACAGCGCGGUGUCCUUGUCGACCUGCUCAACUCCAUGCCGUUUGCCAAUGAAUACCUUCUUCAUGCCGUAAUGAAGUUCUAUAUCGAGGCAGAACACACUGGAGCUCACACUCAGUUCUUUGACAAGUUCAAUAUUCGAUACGAGAUUUUCCAGAUCAUCAAAUGUAUCUGGCCCAACACGUUGUAUCGAAAGAAGCUGUCCAACCAAGCAACGCAGAACCAGGACUUCUUUGUUCAGUUUGUCAACCUCUUGCUGAACGAUGUGACAUACGUUCUUGACGAGUCGUUUGGUGCUUUCAAAACCAUCCGCAGCAUCCAAGAACAGCUCAGAAGCGAAGGCGACAUGAUGGAGCCCAGCACUCGGGAACAACGCGAAGAGCAUCUGGCGACAACGCAACGGAGCGCCAGAUCCUACAUGCAGUUGACUAAUGAGACCAUGGCCAUGCUAAAGCUCUUCACUGCCGCCCUGGCUGACUCGUUCACUAUGCCAGAGAUUGUCCAGCGGUUAGCUGACAUGUUAAACUACAAUCUCGACGCUAUGGCCGGGCCCAAGAGCUCCGAGCUUAAAGUGGAAGGCAAUGUGCAGCUGAUGGUAGAGAAGUAUGGCUUUGAUCCAAAAGUGGUUCUCAGCGAGAUCGCAAAGAUCUAUCUCAACCUGAUGAACAAGCAAAAUUUUAUCACGGCUAUUGCUCGCGACGGACGGUCGUACAGACCAGAGCUUUUCAAGCAGGCUGCCGAUCUCUUACGACAGCAUAGACUGACACCCGAAGAGGACUUGCGACGCUGGGAUCGGCUGCGUAAGCAGGUCCAAGAGGCCAAGGAGGCCGAUCAGCAAGCGGAGGAGGACCUGGGCGAGAUUCCGGAGGAUUUCCUGGAUCCUCUUAUGUACACUCUGAUGGAAGACCCCGUGAUUUUGCCAAGCUCAAAGAUCUCAAUUGAUCGAUCGACAAUUCGCUCGCAUCUGCUCAGUGAUCCUCACGAUCCAUUCAAUCGUGUGCCCCUGAAGAUGGAAGAUGUUUUGCCUGACACGGAGCUAAAGGCUAAGAUCGAGGCAUUCAAGGCUGAGCGACGGGGCAAGAAGGCAUCGGCAACGGAGCAGAUGGAUAUGUCUGCCGACUAA